UUUUGGCGGGAACGCGAGGAGUGAAGUUGUGUGAUUUGUUUUAUUUUGUCUAUUUAGUGUUUCUUCGGGUUUAAAUGUGUAAUAAUGGUGGUUUAUUAACUGUUUAAUAUCUGUGAAGGUGCACAAAUGUGGGAAAAUGAAAUAAAGCCGCUGGACGUAACUUCUCGGCAUCCUCCAAAAAGUCCACUGAAAAAAUCUUAGUAAAUGACCACCAUUUUACUGAGAUUAUAUUUCAUCCCGUAUCAGCUCAUUUCAUUUCAUUUAAUUUCAUCCCAGUUGAUUAAUGUCUCAAAUUAAUCAUCUUCAUUUCAUUUCACUCCAUAACAUCAUUUUUCAUAAGAAUAUGAAUAUAAAUUAAAAUAAGACAUGACUUAAAAGUCUCCGUUACCAGGUCAUAAAAUCCCUUAAAGUACCUACUCUUAUUAUUGUAGAACUGUAAUCUUAUUAUAUUAGACGAGCUUAGUUACACUCUUUAGUCUGUUUUGCUAAAAGCUUAAAAAUGUACGUGGUUUCUAAUUUAGUUAAAGUAACCAUUCCCAACUAUCUGUCGAGCUUGCCGAUUCCAGAUUCUGUUGGCGGAUGGUUUCGUCUUGGAGUUAAAGAUUGGUUAGCACUGAUUCCGCCUACAGUUGUAGUUGGCGGUAUAUCUUACUACUCUUACCAGACAAUAAAAAAAGCCAGAGAAGCUGGCAGUGGUCAAAUAAACCCUUGUAUCAGGAAGGACAUUAAUAAAGUUGUGGACUUUAUUGACAUUGAGGAUAUAACUGAGAAGGCAUCCCUUUGCAGAUGCUGGAGGAGUAAAAAUUGGCCUUAUUGUGAUGGUAGUCACGGUCCUCAUAAUAAAGAAACUGGCGACAACACCGGCCCAGUCGUUGUCAGACACAAACCAGCCAACUAAAUACAAAUAAAUAGCAAGUGUAGUUUUCAAAAAAAUUAUGUAAAAACGAAUUAUUGCAUUGUUUUAUUUAAGAUUAAGCAUUUCUAAUCAUGGUUUGUUGCGUAAGUGCCUGAAGCGAAACGCUCUGUACAAUAUAAUUUCAGUAUUAUUUAUCAGUUAUAAAACUACACGAUUCUAUAUUGUGUAAUGUCAUAUUUAAAAUAUGAAUUGUUACACGUUAGUACCUACUUAUUGUUAGUGUUACAAACACUAUAGUUUUAUAUUUAUUAAGAAUAAUGCAACAAAAUAUGUCAAGAAUUUAAGAAUUAAUCACAGGUAAUUUAAAUUAAGUUUUUUAUAUUUCGUUUUUACUUAAUUUCGCUUUUUUCACUGACUUGAAGUGUUAUAUUCUUAGCGCAAUAAAAUAAAUGACUUGUUAUUGACCGAA